AUGCAUUAUAUUCGGUUCUUGAAAGCACCACGGAGGAAGCAAGAUUCUCGCGGCUUUCAGAGUCUGAGUGCUGUUAUUACCAUCACCACAGAUUUGGGCGACGCCUUUCUGUGUUCCGAUCUCGCAUUGCUUGUCGAACUUGAGGAUACACGGAGCGGGAAGCGGCUCGAUGGCUGCCAGCCAAAAGAUUACACGUGGAGAGGGGUUGAUGGCUUCAAAGGUCUCUCGGUCGAGAUACCCAUCGGGAAAUCAGCUCUACGUGCGGGUUUGGAGGUCAAAAUGCAGAUCAGAGCAAAAGAUCAACAGCAUAUGGCGGAGGACUUUGACCAUGUGCUUGGGCACAGACCAAAUCAAUCCGAUGAUGGUGGAGGCAUCGUUAGCCUGCGAGGUAUUCCCAAUGGAAAUGGCAUUGUGGAACGGGUGUUCAAGUACGGCGGUGAUCAAAGUGUACAUAUCUGGGAAGAGUCCGGCGAGAGCAUCGCAAGACACAUAUGGGAUGCCGGCCUUGUUCUCUCCGCCUAUCUCACGACCGUUCUCGGUGAACUGCCAUCAUCUAGGACCCUCCCAAAAUUGCCGAUCCUCCAGACUCUUUUAUCCAAAUCCGAUCUCAAUGUAAUAGAGCUUGGUGCCGGAUGUGGUAUUGUUGGAAUAACAUUGCACCAACUGCUCCCCAAUAUUUCCCACAUGAUCUUAACAGACCUUCCGGAAGCAACUUCUAUUCUUACGCACAAUAUAUCUCUUUCAUCUCCGUCGCCAGCCCAUAGCGUGCUCGAUUGGUCCCAGCCUCUUCCCCAAUCAAUUGCUUCCACGCAAUGGAACCUUGUACUUAUUGCGGACUGUACAUAUAACCCCGACGUCGUUCCCGAUCUUGUUCAGACACUUGGUAGACUGGCCGACGGGAAUAAAGAUUUAAUAGUGUUGCUUGCGAUGAAAGUGAGGCACGCAAGUGAAGCUGUCUUCUUCACACUCAUGCAAGAUGAAGGUUGGAUGAUCAGAGAGAGAACAAAACUGCCACUGCCCGUUUUGAGUGGAGAAGAGGAGGAGAUCGAGAUAUUUGUUUUUGGAGUGUUGACAUAA